CCCGCUAAUUAAAUGCUAUAAAUCUCUCUCUCACCUCAGAUUUGAUUGAAUUGGAUUAUUAGAGAGAGAGAGAGAGAGAGAGUUGGUACUGGUAUUGGGAGACGAUUCUACUCUACUACUAUACUAGUAUGGUACUACCAAACCAAUAGCCAGCCAUUGAUGAAUAUUGGUGCUCAUUGACCCUUCUCCCUCCAUAUCCAUGGUGCUUCAAUUUUGAGACUGCAGAUCAUAUUAUGGAGACAAUAAGUGGAAAGAUAGGCCAACUAUAUGGAGGAGUGACUAAUUUCGCAAUGAAAUGUUUGUUCAGGGUUAUAUCUGUUGGUCCAGUGCCUGAACACAUUGCUUUCAUCAUGGAUGGUAACCGAAGGUACGCCAAGAAGCAGAACGCGCACACAGUAGCCGGCCAUAAAGCAGGGUAUUCAUCGCUGGUCUCCAUGCUUGGGUACUGCUACGAGUUGGGAGUGAAGUAUGUAACAGUAUAUGCCUUUAGCAUUGAAAAUUUCAAGAGAAGCCCUGAAGAAGUUCAGUAUUUAAUGGAUCUGAUGCUGGAAAAGAUCGAGGGGUUUCUCGAGCACGAAAGUAUUGUGCACCAAUAUGGUAUUCGAGUAUAUUUUAUAGGUAAUUUGAAACUGCUGAGUGAGCCUGUGAGAGUUGCUGCUGAGAAAGUAAUGAAAGCUACUGCCAAAAACAACAAAGCCAGUCUUUUGGUUUGUGUGGCCUAUACGUCGUGUGAUGAAAUCGUGCAUGCCAUUCAAGAAUCUUGUAAAUCCAAAAAGUAUGACAUUCAAACAAGCAAUGUGAACGGCGAUAAGAAGACAAAUGGUUUGGUUGUUCAUGAUUUUGAAGAGCGCGAAGAUAAGCCGAAGGAUUAUGCAGCUAAACCUUGCAAUGGCUUGAUAGAAGGAAUUGAAGUGUGUGAGAAGCAAAUGAAUCUCCCUACUAUAAAGUUGGUAGAUAUAGAGAAACACAUGUACAUGGCGGUAGCGCCUGAUCCGGACAUUGUGAUUCGAAGUUCAGGUGAAACCCGUCUUAGUAAUUUUCUUCUUUGGCAGACUGCCAACUGUCCACUGUACUCACCUUCUGCUCUGUGGCCAGAGUUGGGUUUAUGGCACUUGGUUUGGGCAGUUCUUAACUUCCAGCGAAGCUUCCAAUAUUUGGAGAAGAACAAGAAAAAGAUAUAACACACAUAACUUUAUUAGUUUCUUAUACGGGACUCAUACACUGAUAUACAAAAUAAUUUUACUUAAAUUCUCUGAAAUUGUAUGUGUUCUUUCCUUGCUAGGUUUUUCUGAGUUUUGGUAUAAAUUAUAGAACUUUACUUGAACAGCCUGCAUUUAUUGAUGGAACUAUAUCUUUGAACUACUCUCUAUGCAAUUUUUUGUUACUUUUUUUCU